AUGUUAAUCCAAAAACUUUGCAACAAGUACCACAAAAGAUUUGAGAGUAAGAAAAACUGCACUUACUGCAUUGAAAGACCGCUGUCGGGUCGUCAGCGGAACUUUUUGAGAAACCCCGCGGCACCGACCAAAAGAUCCUUACAGCAGAAAGUCUUCGGCCACCUGAAACCAAUAUCACACCAGGAAUACUCGAGGAUCUACCACAGUACAGGGAUCGAUGUUGAUGGACGACGGGCCAUGCUCGAACACAUGGUCAUCUGUAUUGAGAGGGCCAUCAAGAGGUUCAUCGCCUUUGCCAAGGCCGUGCCUGGUUUCAAAGAAUUCCACCUCGAUGACCAGAUUAAGUUGAUUAAAGGAACCACCGCGUACCCGCUGAAUGUAUGGUGUAAAACAAAACAAAAAAAAACACAAAACGAAAAACACACCACCAAGUAG